AUGCAAGCACACUAUUUACCUUGGCAAAGUCGAAACGAGUUCAUAAAACUCUGUGUCAAGAAGGUGAAAACUGAAAUUCCAACGGAGAUAGAGAAGUCAUAUUAUUACGGUCUCAUUGUCGAUGGAACACCAGAUGAUUCACAUACCGAGCAAUUCACCUUUGUUAUUCGAUAUAGUGUUUUGAAAAACGGCAUUUGGGAGGUGAUGGAAAGAUUUCUUAAAGUUCAAGAUUGUGAAAAGAAAAAAGGUAAAGAUAUUUGUAAAGUUAUCUUAAGCAGGUUCUCGAGGACCAUAACAUUGACAUUGGUAGAUGUAGAGGACAAGGCUACGAGAAUGGAUCAAACUUGUCGGGAUGAUACAAGAGAGUUCAAGCCUUACUCUUGGAGAAAAAUUCGCAAGCAAUAUUAGUCCCAUACACUGCUCAUACUUGAGAUUUACGUGGUGUUCAUGCAGCAGAAGUUGCUCCCGAAAUCAAAAGUUUCUUUGGGAAUGUUCAAAAACUUUACAAUUUAUUUUCUGGCAGUCCUGCUCGCUGGAGAAACAGCUGGUGUAUCGUCAAACAAACAGCUGGUGUAUCGUUGCAUGGCCUAUCAAACACAAGGUGGAGUGCAAGAAUAG